UGUAAUGAUUUUAUUCUUUGUUCAUUUAAAAUUUUAAACGAUCAAAAAAUUGUUAUAAACUAUAAAGUUGUGGUUUUGUUUUGAGUAAGUGUUAUAAUAUUGUUAUCGGACUAUCCGUACACGAUUCGUGGUCUUCGGGAUCAGGACCAAACUAGGAGUAUCGAGCGCUUGUAAUCUGUGUGUUGGAAGUGUCAGCUGCUUGCGCCGCUACGGCUAAUUGCAAAAAUGAAGAAGACGGCCUCGAAGACCAUUACAGGAAAGAAGCGAAAAUAUUCCAUGAAGUCCAAGAGUACCGGUCUAGUGCAAUCAUCCGAUCCAAAAAUGGACGUUUCGAUACCUAUUGAUCAAGAAGACAUUGCGAGAGAGGCUGAAAAAGAAGAAGAAGUGGAUGACGCUUUUGACGAAGGUUUCGAGCUUUUUGCUGAUGGCGAUGAUUAUCUGAAGGAUACCUGGGAUACUUCGCGUAACCGUCAGUCCAGUAAACGGAAAGCGGAAAAGGCCUCCAGAGAUGAUGAAAAUGCGAAUGAUCGACUCAAAACCAAGCAACAGCGGAAAGUGAAGGCCAAGGAAACGAAACCAGCGGACGAAGACCUGCAAGAACCCAAUCACGUUCCCGAGGGAACCCAAACGGACUUCACCUCCAGCACCAUCGCAUUUCAUGAAAUGAGUCUAUCCAGGCCGAUUCUCAAGGCGAUUUCCGAUAUGAAUUUUUCAUCGCCAACUCCAAUUCAAGCUUCCGCAAUUCCUGUUGCGCUGUUAGGCCGAGAUCUGUGCGCCUGUUCGCGAACGGGAACCGGUAAAACUGCGGCUUAUAUGUUGCCUAUUUUGGAACGGUUGCAUUAUAAACCGAGAGCGGAUGUGGCCACACGUGUGCUUGUCCUUGUUCCCACUCGCGAACUGGGAGCUCAAGUUUAUUCAGUUACGAAGGAUUUAAUUAAGUAUUUUCCAGAUUAUAUCCAAGUUGCGCUGGCUGUUGGUGGAUUGGAUAUGAAGAAACAGGAAAAAGAACUGCGGGAGAAACCGGAUAUUGUCAUCGCCACUCCGGGUCGCUUGUUGGAUCAUUUACAAAAUACACCAUCGUUCGGGCUCCAGCAAGUGGAAAUUCUCGUAUUAGAUGAAGCGGAUCGGAUGUUGGAUGAAUAUUUCGCGGAGCAGAUGGGCGAAAUCAUCAAAAUGUGCGCUGCCACGCGACAGUCCAUGCUCUUUUCGGCGACAUUAACUGAAGAAGUUGAGAAGCUGGCAGCCGUUUCUUUGAACGAUCCGGUACGCUUGUUUGUGGACGAAAGCGCGUCGGUCGCGGCGGCUUUACGCCAAGAAUUUGUCCGAGUGAGAGAGGAGAAUACACGAGAAGCGCUAGUGUUAGCGUUGUUGUGUCGAAAUUUUACCGAACGGACCCUUGUUUUCAUUCCGACAAAAGUCCAAGUCCAUCGCUUCUAUUUGAUUCUAAAGCUGUUCAAGAUGAAAGCUGCAGAACUGCAUGGAAAUUUAUCGCAAAUGCAGCGACUAGCUGCGCUGGAAGAAUUCAAGGAAUCUCGAGUAGACAUCCUUUUAGCUACAGAUGUUGCCGCUCGUGGAUUGGAUAUACCGUUUGUGAAAACUGUGAUCAAUUUGUCAUUGCCAAAAACACUGGAACAAUAUAUACACCGUGUUGGUCGUACAGCUCGUGCCGGGCGAGUUGGACGGUCGGUUUCUUUAGUCGGAGAAAACGAACGAAAACUAUUGAAAAUUAUUGUUAAGAAUGCCCGCUUGCCAGUUCAGAACCGCAUUAUUCCUCCAGAAGUCAUCAGUAGCUAUGUUAGCAAGCUGCAAGCCAUGGAGAAAGAUAUUGAAGAACUGAUGAAAACAGAAAAAGCUGAGAAGACUCUUGCUCAGGUCGCUAGCGAUAUUAACAAAGCGGAAAGGCAGUUGAGUGGACAAACAGUGGACGAUAAACCAGGCAGGAAGGCAGCUAUUCCAGGAUUUCAUAAGGGCAAAAGCAGAAAAUGGAGGAAAGGCUCUGAACCUGCAAAAAAAGAUAAGAAAAAGAGCCUCAAAAUGCCCUCCGAUCCUGAGGACAAGUCUCUGUCUAAAGUACAAAAAGCCCAGGCUCACAAAUUCAAGAAAGAUUUCAAACCAAAGCGAACUCGAGCUUGCGUAGAUGUGCCGAACUUUGGAAAACCGAAACCAUCCACUGGUUCUAAGAAAAAGAAAGGCGGCAAUAAAGGAUCUACGUUUGCCGCGGAUUUAACCGAUACCAGGAAGAAAGGCGUCAAAAGAUUGUUGAAAGCCGGUGGAGGCCGCCCGAGAGACCGUAAAGGCAAAACACGUAAAGGGAAAGGAAAGCGAUGAUUCUACACCCAGAUUUCCACAACUUGCGAGAUAUCUUUGUAAAUAGAUUUCACUGGUCUGUUUGCGUCCACCUGGAAAGAUUAAAAUAUUAAAUGAAGCAAAGCAGUUUCCGGAUUGCGGAAAUUUCUAGUCGCCGUACCGUGUACAGUUUGUUGUGUGGGCCGUAAUAAUGGGCCAGUUCCGCUACACAUGAAUGAAACCAUGUGAGACGGUUCUCUACUGCUUCAUGCACGUCGUCCGGUCGUCGACUGGUUUUACUGCGAUCUGUCAAUCGGCUUUUCAUGAUUUCAUCAUCCGCCUCCAGUAAAAUCACUGCUCGGGGA